AGUGAGAGAACAACAGUUGCUUGCUGGCCGUGAUGGAACAGCAACCGUAAGUGUGUAGAUGCUCGGUCUAGCAUGUGCAUUACCAUGCAACAGGACUUACAUUCACGAAGAGAAUGCAAAUAUUGUUAGCUCGAGUGAUGCACAACUGAAGUUACAUUGACUACGUUUUCUUUCCCCGACGGUUUCCGAGGAAGGAACAAAGAUCGUCGGACGCUUUGCUCGCUGGCUGGCGGGAAAGCUAUGGUCGAAUGCCAGACACAAUGGGGACAAUGCACCUUCUUGUAGAAGUUUAGAAGUGGGGUUUUAGGUGGGCUUUAUCUAGGGCUUUCCACUCUCGAAGGAAGGUGAGCGAGGAGGAUUGUUCGCUGUGGACAUUGAAGCAGCAAGACGCCAUGGAUCAUCCAAGUGAAGACGAUGAUUCUUUGGAUGUUCGUUUGGCUCGAUCGUUCGUGCAAGAAGCUAGAAUUUUAUCUGAAUUCGUUUGCCGCGUGAAGGAGGCCAAUGGAGAAGUCACUGCGCUCGAAUUCAAGAAAAUGCAGACAAUUAUAGUGAAGUAUCAAGAGCAAGGCCAGCUGUUGGAACCUCAUCUGGAGGGCAUUAUUAGCCCCUUGAUGGAAACUCUUCAAAACAGAGUUGUGGAAGCAGGAAAUGUGAUGGAUGUGGAUUUAAGCGUGGUGAAAAAGCUAUGCAGUAUAGUUCACACUCUCAUGACAGUAUGUGGAUACAAGACCGUGGUGAAGUUUUUUCCUCAUCAGGCAUGUGAUCUUGAAGUCACGGUCUCCUUGUUGGAGCGUUGCCAUCAAGAGGUUACAGUCAGUAGUAUCUUGAAAGAGGAGAGCACUGGUGACUGGGAGACAAAAUGCACCCUACUUCUUUGGCUCUCAAUCCUCGUCCUGAUACCUUUUGAUAUGGCAUCCGUCGAUACAGCCCUUGCAGACUGCUCUGAUUCCAGCAGUAGAAGCAAUAUACCUCCUUUAGUGCAGAAGAUAAUAAACAUUUGCAAAGACUAUCUCCAAUCCCCAGGCCCAGUUCGUGAAAUGUCCGGGGUACUGCUUUCUCGUCUCUUGACCCGUCCAGACAUGCGUGCUGCUCUGAAAGACUUUGUGGAGUGGUCAAGAGAAGCUCUGCGCAGAACAGAGGAUGAGGCAAUCAAGAUAUUUCUCAUCCCAGGUGUUGUUGGAGUACUUGCAGCCAUAUACAAGGUCGGUGGACGUGAUAUGUUGCUGGAUACAACAUUGCCAGUCUGGCAGGUUGCGUCUCAGUUAGCAACUUCUUCAGCUGCAAAUCGUAGUCCCUUGCUUCGAAAGCUUCUUAUCAAGCUAAUGCAGCGAGUUAGCCUUAUGCAUCUUCCUCCAAGGAUUGCCACCUGGCGCUACACGCAAAGCAGCCGCUCAUUGGCUCAAAACCUUGCUGCACCUACAUUGAAAGGUGAAAACUUAUUUGAAAGCGAUAAAGAUUUGAAUCAUGUGCAACCUUAUGGCGAAAAUGAGAGCCCAGAAGAAGAAGAACUUGAUGUACCUGAAAUUAUUGAGGAAGUUAUUGAACAAUUGCUAACUGGUCUUCGAGAUAAGGAUACAGUUGUACGUUGGUCGGCUGCAAAGGGUGUUGGUCUAGUGACUGGCCGUCUGACCUUAACGUUGGCUGAUGAGGUUGUGGGUUCUGUUCUGGAGCUUUUCAGGCCCAUAGAGGGUGAUGGAGCAUGGCAUGGAGGAUGUCUAGCACUUGCUGAGCUGGCUCGCAGAGGUCUCUUGUUACCUGCACGACUUUCUGCCGUGGUACCUGUAAUUAUAAAGGCUCUUCAUUACGACGUACGGAAAGGGCCUCACAGUGUCGGUUCGCACGUAAGAGACGCAGCUGCAUACGUUUCGUGGGCGUUUGCAAGGGCUUACUCUUUUGAUCUCAUGAGGGAUCAUUUUAAGCAGCUUGCUCCUGCUCUGUUGACUGUCGCUUGCUACGACCGAGAGGUGAACUGUAGGAGAGCUGCAGCAGCUGCUUUCCAAGAAGGUGUGGGAAGGCAAGGCGACUUCGAGCAUGGUAUCGAUAUAGUCAAUGCUGCUGAUUAUUUCUCCCUUGGAACUCGCUCUCACGCUUACUGUACCGUUGCUGUGUACAUUGCUCAAUUCGAGGACUAUCGGUUAUCCUUAAUCGACGAGAUAUUGAACGUCAAGAUUUCUCACUGGGAAAAGAGUUUGCGAGAACUUGCAGCCGAGGCCCUGUCUUUAUUAGUGAAGUAUGAUCCUCAAUAUUUUGAGAGUCAUGUUCUAGAAACGCUUGUACCAUGGACCUUGUCUGGAGAUCUUUGUCAGCGUCAUGGAGCAACCCUUGGGAUAGCUGAAGUAAUUCGGGCUCUUCAUGAUUGCAGUUUUCGACUCACGGCAGAGACAGAGAAGCGGGUCGCCGGAAUUGUGCCAGCAAUUGAGAAAGCACGUCUUUAUCGUGGCAAAGGUGGUGAAAUAAUGAGGGCAGCAGUUUCAAGGCUAAUAGAAUGCACUGCUAUUCUUGGAGUUCCCAUUCCUCCUAAAAUACAGAAGGUCUUGCAUGAUUCGAUUGAUGAAAAUUUGAAGCACCCGAAUGGGGAUAUACAGUCUUGCGCCGUGGCAGCCUUAAAAGCGUUUAUUAAAGGGUACCUGCUUUCUGAAUCUGCACCAACUAUUGCUAGAACAACCUCCAAGUACCUGCAAAUUUUGAAGGGUGAUGCCAAUCCUGCAGCUCAACGAGGGGCCGCACUUGCUCUUGGAGCAUUGCCCUAUUAUCUGUUGGAACCUGUGUGGAAGGAUGCCGUGGAUGUACUUUGUGCUGCAAUAAGAUUGAAGGGUAAUCCGGCGGAUGAUGAUGCUGAAACCCGAGUUAAUGCUGUUCGUGGGCUGACUUCUGUCUCCGAGACUUUGUGUUACGCUGAGAUAAAGCAUGUUUGGAAACCUUCAGAUAAUUGUACCACUCCGCUGAGAGUAGUUAGAGAUCAGGUUAUGAAGGUUUUGUUUCAUGCUCUCGAUGACUACGCAAUUGAUAACAGAGGGGAUGUUGGCUCAUGGGUCAGAGAGGCUGCCAUGGAGGGUAUUGAACGAUGCACUUAUCUGCUCUGUGGCAUCCGAGAUCCCUCCAUUCAAACGUCUGCCCAUAUGAACGGAAGUGAGAAUCUUAGCAAUGAUGUUAUUUUGAGUGAAGCUAUGGGAUUGCAAGUCGUUGGAGGAUUGGCUAAGCAGGCGGUUGAAAAAAUUGACCGCGUGAGGGACGUGGCUGGGAGAACUUUGCAGCGUUUAUUAUUUAACUCCGAAAUACCGACUGCUUGCAUUCCCCACAAAGAAGAGUUGAGGGAAAUUUUUUCAAAUGAUUUCACUUUGAACUGGGCGGCUCCUGCUAUUUCUUUUCCAAGACUGGUUCAACUCCUCAAGUUUCCAGGGUUCCGGUCAUUUGUCCUUUCAGGGCUCGUUAUUGCCAUCGGGGGUUUGGCUGACUCCUUGGGGAAAGUAUCCGGGAGUGCUCUGGUUGACUUUCUUAACGGUCUGGAUCAAUCGAAGACUGAGAGCCGUUCUGAGGAAGAUUUCUGCAGAAAUUUUGACUGGCUUGCAGUGGAACUGGGACGUGUUCUAGUACGCUAUGCUGGAAAUGACAGAGGAGCAAUUCCUACGCUGAAGACAAUCGAUAUACUUUUUGGCAGAGGAAUAUUUUCUGCCUCGAAGCCACUUAGUGAGCAGACUGCUGUCGACUUGCUGACCUUAAUACGACAAGAGCUACGGGGCUGCAAAGAUGUGGCCAAGCUCCUCGCUGUAAUAAGUAUUUUGAGUCACUUCGCAUCACUGGAAGGCCUUGUUCGGAGUCAAUCCGUUGAACAGCUUCUUAAUUUUCUUUUCCACCGGUAUCCCAAGGUACGAAAGGUAUGCGCAGAACAGCUUUACCUUUUACUUCUGCAGAUGGGUGAGCAACUGGUCGGUGACAGUGCGGAGGCAGCGCUGGAAGUUAUUGGCGAAACAUGCUGGGAUGGACCAAUAGAUGGUAUAACGGCCGAUAGAGACCAACUAUAUGGUCUUUUCCGUGUUGAACCACCUCCACGACAACUGCUUCUACCCUCUAAGAGCAGGAAUGCUCGACAAUUACUGGCCUCAACAUUAAAAGAUGAGAAUGAGUCGUAUUCUGCUCUUGUAGACGCCGCAGGGUACUGAAAAGGACGCGAGCAGGCCGAAUAUUUAACAUAUUUUCCUCUUUUACUUUGGGAAUCCUCAUAGGAAAAAAUCGAUGUUUAUUAUUGCUGUCUGGCUGUCGGAACAAAAGAGAGCUACAACAAUUGGUGAACUUCUCACUGUGUUGUGAACAAACUCCUGUAGAGGCAGAAAAAAUUAGAAUUUGACAGCCACUUUUCUGAUACAGCUAAACAACUUGAAAGGAACUUUACAGAAACCUAGCUGCAAGGGCUACCGCACUUCGGAUGAAAUGACUGGAAGAGCCGAACGACUAGAUACAUAUCCAGAAGUUUCUCUAUUGGUAUCACCUGCUGGCGGUUAAUACGGAGGUUAAUACGGUUCAGUUACGGAGGUUGACAUGUUAGGUCUUAAACCCAGUUCCUCGCACUUGCCUUCAGAUCUUUCUAUGCAGUCAUCGGUAGAGUGGGAAACUUCUCGGACACAUCUAUGAGAAUCGCCUUACCCAAUUCCACAGAUGAACGGCAACAGGCGUCUUGGGUUCUGGAGUCUUCAUACUUUUCUUAUUCUGGAUGGUGGAUUAUCGACCAUGGUGAGAUACUAUUCUCUGCAGUGCUUCAAUUACCGAACGUGGCCACCUGAAGCCGAACUUCUCACAUGAAGCAGUGAGACAUUAGGUGGAUUUGUUGCUGAGUGGUGAGGAGUAGUUUCGUGUAGGGCAACAUUUUACCCUGAAUCCAUAGAGUAGGGCUUUCAAUAAAUCAUUUGUAAACUACGUGAGGAACGGUUUGGCCUGGAGGUCUGCAAUGAAGUGAGUUGAACCAUGAAACUUCGGAAGGCAAGAAAUAAAAUCUGAGUGAGAAAACCUUGUCAUUGCAGGGUGCGAAGGC